ACGAAAGAGUACAGCACAGGUGAUCCAUCAUUGCGUCGCAAAGAUAACAAAUAAAAAAAAAACGACCUGCUAUGAUUAGGAGGGGUGGGCUUCUGGUGUGGGAACACGAUGUUAUCUAUGCAUGAUUGCCAUACCAUCGUGCCAUCGAAGUCAUUCGUGAGGUAACACCUGAUUGUUAAACAUCUUUCGGACACUAUGGACGUCGAACAUCCGGUUGUGCCGACCCAGUACGGUCCAGUUAGGGGGGUUCGUAAGGUGGCCGCAACGGGGGUCGAUUACUACAGCUUCCAGCGCAUUCCGUACGUGCAGCCUCCCGUUGGAGAGUUGAGAUUUAAGGAUGCUCAACCGCCGAAACCGUGGACGGAACCGUUGGACUGUACCGUCCAAGGGCCGGGUGGAUAUCAGUACAGUAAGCUGCUGAACAAAAUCAUCGGAAGUGAGGACAGCUUGCACAUGAAUGUGUUCACGAAGAACCUCGAUAGCAAGAAGUUAUUACCUGUGAUGUUGUAUAUCCACGGUGGAGCCUUCAUGAGAGGAUCUAGUGGGGUGGAGAUGUACGGACCAGACUAUCUGAUACAGAAGGAUGUGGUGUUCGUUUCGUUCAACUACAGAAUCGGUGCUCUUGGAUUCAUCUCGUUCGAUUCUCCCGAGCUGGGACUUCCGGGCAAUGCCGGACUGAAGGACCAGAACCUCGCGCUUCGCUGGGUGGUGGACAACGUCGCCAACUUUGGAGGUGACCCGAAGAACAUAACGCUGUUUGGAGAGAGUGCCGGUGGUUGUUCCGUACACUACCACAUGGUGUCGGACUUGUCGCGGGGACUGUUCCAGCGCGCGAUCGUAAUGUCCGGCUGCGUGCUGAACAAUUGGUCCGUGGUUCCACGAAGAAAGUUUAGCGAACGGCUCGCCAAAGCUCUUGGCUGGAACGGGCAAGGUGGUGAGCGGGCCGCACUGGAGGUGCUCGUGAAGGCAGAUCCGGAGAGUAUCGUUCGUGAGCAGGAGAUUUUGCUGAAUGAGAAUGAGAUCGAAAAUCGCAUCUUGUUCUCAUUUGGACCAGUGAUCGAGCCGUACAUCACGAAGAACUGUAUGAUUCCAAAGGAUCCAGUCGAAAUGUGUCGUGAAGCUUGGAGUAACGAAAUAGACAUCUUGAUUGGUGGAAACUCGGAGGAAGGUCUGUUCUGUCUCAACGGGAUCAAGGAGAAUCCCUCGAUCAUGAGUAACUUGAAAGACUUUGAGUACCUGGUUCCGCUGGAGCUGGACCUGGUCAGGACUUCUCAGAGUUGCAAGCAGGUGGGCAAACAGAUGAAGAAGUUCUACUACGGUGAAACGGAACCGUCGUUUGAGAAUCGAGAAGGUUACCUUACGCUGAUGACCGACAAGCUAUUCCUGCACGGACUGCACCGUACGAUCUUGUCAAGACUCAACUCGAAGAAACCGUCGAAGACCUUCCUGUACCGGUUUUCCGUGGAUUCGGACACCUACAACCACUACCGGAUCGUGUUUUGCGAUAAAGACGUGCGCGGAACGGCCCAUGCCGACGAUUUAUCGUACAUCUUCAAGAACGUGUUCAACGAUCCCCCGGCGAAGGAUACCUUCGAGCACCGCGCGAUGGUGAAUAUGGUCGGCCUGUUCUCAACGUUCGCGAGCAAAAAUGGAAAUCCAAACGGAGAGGAGACCAACGAAUGGGAAUCGAUUGCGACGCCAACGGGACCGUUCAAGUGUCUAAACAUCAACAACGACGGUUUGCAGUUUAUUGAGUAUCCGGAGCAGGAACGAAUGCAGUUUUGGGAUUCACUGUACAGCAAAGAUAAACUUUAUUAGCGAUCAUAAGUGUAUUACAAAUAUAAAUUUAUUGUAGUUUCAAGUGUUCAAUUUUACUGCCUGCAGCAAGGCAGAUUUGUUCCGGGGUUGAGGGUGUCACUGAAAUAAAAAUACACGUCAGAUUUA